AUGGCAAAUGUACCAAUUCAAACGAUGUCCAAUAAUAGUAUCAUUUCGACUGGGAAAAUUGAACUGAGAAAUACAUGGAGUGAAGACGGUCUUGAUUUGUACGAAAAGAAAGAUCUUGAAGAACCUGUUACUUACAGGGAAGAAACAACUCAAUGGAUCUUAAGUAAGGUUGAAAAGUGUCACAUCAUGCUUAUUCGCGGUCCACGAUACAGUGGUAAAACUUCAUUGUGUGAGUUGUUGGCCAGACACUUAGAGAAUACGAAGACCGAGAAUGAUCAGAUUAUCAGCAUCAGUCACCUUUCCUUUAGUUCUAAGUUUGCUACUUAUGAAAACUACUGGGAAGCGAUGACUGGAAAAACGUAUUUCGAGUGGCAAGAAUCCUUUCCAGAUAGUCGCAUUUACAUUAUUAUGGAUGAAACUCAGGUCACGUACCAUACAACAUUUCAGUUCUUCUGGAACUGGGUGCGUGUUGAGCAAAAGAAUAAAAAUACUAACAUACGACUCAUUAUGUUUGCUGUAUAUCCAAUAAUAUUGAAAGAUGAUAAAAUUAUUAUGGAAUCUGGACCUGAGAUAGCAUCGCCAAUUGGUCUGCAUUACAAGUUUGGUGUGCGUCUUUUAAUGUCUGGUCCUAAUGAGCAUAUUGAACUUAUGGAUGAUUUUGUUCGCAAAUCUGGAAAUGGUUUUGUAUUGACUGAACAGGUCAAAGCAGCUAUCAUAGAUCUGACAGCUGUUCGUACUGAGACUAAGGAGGAGGAUCAGAGAAAAAGAAGCUGUCACUUAGGUUUGAUCCGUCGCAUUCUUCAUUUUAUUUAUGAACGUCAUAAUCCAAGCUAUGGUUACAAUCCUCCAACAGAAAGUGAGAUUUUGAAAUACCUAAGUUCUUCCACGUUAUUUGAUCAUGUCAGUUCUCAUCGUGGUGCCAUUCAUCUUUUUGAGUUCAAUGAUAGACAAAAAGAAAUAGUUCGAAAAGUUAUUGAAAAUGACUUCAUUAAUAUCACUUCAAAUAGUCAAGACUAUUCUACUAUUAGUUCAUUGUGUAAAGCUGGUGUUUUACAUUUUAUUGAUAAAGAUUUAACACAAGAUUUUGUUACAUCUCAAGGGAGAGUUGGAUUUUUAACCAACUAUAUUUUUAUCAUGUGUUUUACCAAGUUGAAUCAAGGGACAAAAGAUCCAAUUGUCCCUCUCAAUGUUGAUCAAUUUGAAUAUUUUUUGGAGACAACAAUUAGUCGACUUGAUCCAGAUAUUGUAGAAAACAGUCUUGGUAUUCUUAUUAGAAAAGACAAAAAAGGCUUGUUGGCAGAAAGAUCAUGGCAAAUGGAAUUUUAUCGAUCAGCAUAUUCAUGUCUAACAGAAGAUUAUUAUAUCUCUCCAGAUGUUGGUGCUACUUUUGGUACCCGAGGUCGGCUAGACUUUUAUAUAAAUACAGAAUUAAACUGGGCCGUUGAACUUGCAGCUGAAGGAAAAGAUAUUUCUGGUCAUGUUCAGCGCUUCCAACAGGAAAACAAAUAUAAGAACAUUCCUCAUUCUAAAAAAAUUGUAUUGGAUUUUCGCAUUGGAACAAAUAUCAAAGUAGUAGUUCCUGGUGCUUGGCAUAUCCUUUACAAUAAACCUUCUCGUGCUUUUGUUGUAAAGAAAUCAGGUAUGGAUGAUCAAAUUAUUCAGUUGUCAAAGAGUAAGGUUAGGUUUACAACUUCAGGUGUGAAUGAAAUAGAAGGACUUUUACAAGAGGCACAAAUUAUAAAGGCAAAGGUAGAUGUUAAGAAGGCAGAGAAUGAGAUGAAGCGUCAAAAUGUUGAAGAAAAAGAUCUUGAACUGUCACAGAAACGUCAAAAAAUUGAAGAAGAGAAUCUUAAAAUUGAAGAAAAGAAUCUUAAAAUCAAUGAAUUACAAAUGAAGAUAAAAUAUUGGGAAAACCAAGGUAAUCUGGAUAACAUGGCCAAAUAUCGUAAACAGUUAGAUUCUCUUAUGGAUGAUUGA